AUGACGAAAAUGACCGACUGUAACGUGAUCCGCUUUCAUUUACAAGUUCUGUACGGGAUUUCAGUGAAAGCAUGUGAGAAGAAGCACGGCAGAUUGUUCACUGGUGGAGCGAGAGUGUUUGGAGUCCCUUUGGAGAAUUUGGAGCGAGUUUACGUCCCUGAUUUUGGCCUGGUCCCGGAUUUUUUGGUGCAGGCUUGUUCCUUAUUGACUGAGCGACUCUGUACUGUUGGCCUCUUCAGAAAACCUGGCUCUCUUUCUCGUAUCAAGACUUUACGUGCCCAGCUGAACCGUGGGGAGGACUGCCUGUCCACAGCCCUGCCCUAUGACGUUGCCACUCUGAUAAAACAGUUCUGCAGAGAAUUACCUGAGCCCCUGUUCCCCUCUGACCUCCACACAGCCUUACUCAAAGCCCAAGCCCUGCCUACACCAGAGGACCGGACAUCAGCUCUGCAGCUCCUGUCCUGUCUGCUGCCUGCUUGUAACUGCUCCAUGCUGCACUACCUCUUCGACUUUCUCUACAGAGUCUCUCAGAGAUGUAAUGACAACUUGAUGACCAGUUUAAACCUGGCUACAGUCUUCGCUCUGUGUCUCUUGCCUCCUCCAAAGCAGACGGAGAUGUCUGAGGACCGACUGGAGCUCAGAGUUCUAGUACUAGACACCUUCAUUGAAAACCCACAACUAUUUGGUGUGAUCCCUAAGACUGUAUUGGACAGUAUGGAGUUUCUAAUGGACUCUCCACUUUCUAAAGACUUGCAAACAAAAAGAGGAAACCGAAAGAGACAUAGCUUCACAGUGAAAAGAACUGCAAAGACAGUCCCGUGGAGCCAAGCGCGGGUCAAGACCAAAGUGCUCGAUUUGGAGCCCACCAAGCCCCUCUCAUCCCGGCCCAAACUGAGGCGGAGUCUGGGUCAGGAGAACUUUCCCAACCUGCAGGUGUUCAGGAGCUGUCUGCCUUGGGAAGGAGCAGGUGCAAGUCCCUCCAUCAACACAAGCGGACAAGGCUUCUCGACAGAAAUGGCCUCGACUGUGCGGUUGUCCUUCCUCGGUCUCCUCCUGUGCCUGUGCCCGGGCAGAGCUCCAGCCCGCAGCCCCCGCACGGUAGAUCAAGUGUCCGAGGCCGACAUCCAGCGUCUCCUCCACGGCGUCAUGGAGCAGCUCGGCAUCGCUCGGCCCCGCGUCGAGUAUCCUGCGCACCAGGCCACCAAUAUAGUGGGCCCUCAGAGCAUCCAGGGUGGAGCACACGAGGGCCUGCAACAUCUCGGACCCUUUGGCAACAUCCCCAACAUCGUGGCAGAGCUGACCGGUGACAACGUGCCCAAGGACCUGAGUGAUGACCACGGGUACCCAGACCCACCCAACCCCUGCCCACUGGGAAAGACUGCUGCAGAUGGGUGCUUGGAAAACGCACCAGACACAGCAGAGUUUAGCAAAGAGUUUCAGAAACAUCAGCAUCUGUAUGACCCAGAGCAUGACUACUCUGCUCUCGCAAAAUGGAAUAAGGAGCGUUUGUACCAGAAGCUGAAGGGGGCACCAAAGAGAAGAAAGAGGAGUGUGAAUCCAUAUUUACAAGGCCAGAGGCUGGACAACGUGGUGGCUAAGAAGUCUGUCCCACACUUCUACGAGGAUGAGAAGGAGCCCACCGCCUCACCUAUCUUGUUUUGAUCAACUUUGAAUGUUGAUAAAAUUAUAAUUAAUAGGAUACAUCACAUAACAACAUUAGAAUCCCUAGAGUUUAAAACUGAGCUGGAGCACAGGUCAGUAUCCCAUUAGCACAUCAAAGAAAAACUGGCACAAAGUCUUCUGUCAUAAAUAAACAAAAAUGUGCCAUUUUUUAACCCAAAAUACAUUUGUCAGUUGAAAGGACUUUAAGCCAUGAGAUUGAUUUGGUAAGUCUGUUGACACGAACGUAACUUAUUAUAGCCUAUGUAUAAUUAUUUCAUUUUGAUUUCAACACCUUUUUUUCCUAUGAUAUGGUAAAGUAUACAACUGAAGCAUGCUCAAAUGUUGUGCAACCCAAAUCAAAUUCCUAAAAUAUUGGUUGCAUUUUUUCAAUUUCAGUUUUAAUUUUGUGUGCGUUAUAGGAAAACCAUUGGUAGCAGUAUUCUUAUAAGA